ACCGUCAAAAUUUGUAUAUAUCUUUCACCUGCAUUACUACUGUUUGAUCAGGGGAUUCGGGCAGUCUCAGUCUGCAGGAUCUGUGGGUUAUGAUCAGGGUUUGCCUUGUUGAUGCCAAGUUUGUAAGAGCGACCUGGUUCCCCCGUUGGCCUGGAUUUCUUAUGUAUAUGCAGUUUCAUUUGUGCUGAGUGGAACUGCACAUGUAGAACCCCUAGACAAAGGGCCUGGCAGAGCCUAUGGCAAUCUGCAGGCUCCUCAGAAUGAGAGGGGUGCCCAUCUUGCGGCAGCUGCAUCUGGAAGAAGCACUCCUGCGUGCAGACUCCGCGAACUACUGCAUCAUUAACGAGGGCACGCCUGACCCAGCCAUUGUGAUAGGCAUUUCAGGGAAACCUGAAGCGCUCGUACACAUUGGGGCUGCCAAGGCAGCGGGAGUGCAGGUCAUCAAGCGGUUCACAGGUGGAGGCACGGUAGUUGUGGAUCACAACACAACGUUCAGUACUCUGAUAUGCAAUGCAUCGGAUGUCGAAGGCGUAGAGUGUUACCCGCGGCCAGUCAUGCAGUGGAGUGAGGGCUUUUACAGACCAAUUUUCGGGCCCCACGGCGACUUCAGCUUGCGAGAGCACGAUUACACAUUCGGUGAGCGCAAGUUUGGUGGCAACGCGCAGGCGAUCACUAAACAGCGCUGGCUCCACCACACAUCUCUGCUGUGGGACUUUGACCCUGAAAAUAUGGCCCUGCUUAAACACCCUGAGCGAGUGCCGGAAUAUCGUGCGGGCCGGGAGCACCUGGAUUUUGUGUGCCGUCUGAAGGAUUUCAUGGCCAGACCUGCUGUCACGGAGGGUGUUGUGGAUGCCCUAAAACAUGCUGGAUUUCAGAUAGAACAUGUGAGCCUUGCCGAAGCAGAGGAGGUCUUGCAGCGCCCGCACCUAAGGAACACAAAAGAAAUAAAGCUGUAAUGUAGGCAAAUAAGGAUGGUGCUGAAACCAUGGAGGGAUAUUUGACCAGAGUAACGGCAGCGCCGAUCACUCGAUGCAUGAGGGCUUAUGACUCAUGAGGUGUUGCCAAUCGAGCAUCUUGAAUUUCAGAGAAAAUGGGAUUAUGAUUCUUCUGAGCAUUAAAAUCCGGGAGAGAAUGCAUGAAUGAAUUUCAAUGCGAGCGCCAAAGUAGGGCUGCCUGGUUGUGUAAGCAAGAGUGCAUGG